UUUUUUCUUUUUUCUUUUUUUCGGAGCUGGGGACCGAACCCAGGCCCUUGCGCUUGCUAGGCAAGCGCUCUACCACUGAGCUAAAUCCCCAAUCCCUUUUUUGUUUUUGAUUUUAGAUAAGAUCUGCUUGUAGCACUGAAUCUGUGCUUUGUGUCUCUACCUCCUCCUCCCCUUCCUCCUCCUCCUUCUUCUUGGUUUUUUUUUUUUUUUAAGAUUUAUUUAUUUUAUGUAUAUGAAUACACUGUAGCUAUCCUCAGACACACCAGAAGAGGGCAUCAGAUCCCAUUACAGAUGAUUGUGAGCCACCAUGUGGUUGCUGGGAAUUGAACUCAGGACCUCUGGAAGAGCAGUCGGUGCUCUUAACCGCUGAGCCAUCUCUCCAGCCCUCUUCUUCUUGUUUUAAAAAGUGAUUCCAAUAGCUGCUUGAAGCAAGCAUUUAUUUAUUUAGUACACUGUAGCUGUCUUCAAACACACCAGAAGAGGACAUUGGAUCUCUUUACAGAUGGUCGUGAGCCACCAUGUGGUUGCUGGGAACUGAACUCAGGACCUCUGGAAGAGCAGUCGGUGCUCAUUACUGCUGAGCCAUCUCUCCAGGCCCUGCCUCCAUCUUCUGAGUGCUGAAUUUACAGGUACGCAUCACCAUACCUAGAAUUGUUCAUUUUAAUUAGUUCCUCCGAUACCUUUGAAACUUUUGUGAAUAUGUGUUUCAGAUUCUCAAUUUGAAAUCUGUUGUUCUGAUUGGAUGUUUAUAUAUAACGUCAAUUUCAAAUCGUUUUAAACUUCUGUAUCUAAGGGAGUCAAUGUUGAAGCUUUUUUUUUCUUUUAGAUUUAUUUAUUUAUUUAUUUUUUUGGUUCUUUUUUUCGGAGCUGGGGACCGAACCCAGGGCCUUGCGCUUCCUAGGCAAGCGCUCUACCACUGAGCUAAAUCCCCAACCCCAGAUUUAUUUAUUUAAUGUAUAUAUAUGAGUACACUGUAGCUGUCUUCAGACACACCAGAAGAGGGCAUCAGAUUCCAUUAUAGAUGGUUGUGAGCCACCAUGUGGUUGCUGGGAAUUGAACUCAGGACCUCUGGAAGAUCAGUCGGUGCUCUUAACCACUGAGCCAUCUCUCCAGCCCCAAGGUUGAAGUUUAAUGAGCAAAAAGAAUGCAGUGACUGUCAUUUAAACAUGAAUCUGAAGCAUUCAAAAUGGAAUUCAGGUUGUCAAGACAGAAGCAUGGCAAAAGAAUGUCAGAUGGCCACGGGAACCUUUGUUUUUCUGAAAGUAAAGUCUCAAGAAGGAAGAACAGAACUGGCAGGCUUUAUCCACCAUAUUUAGAGCUGCAGAUGGAAUUGUUUAAAGUAGCAGACAUAAUGACUAGUCACCAAUUGUGUUAAUCCUUGAAGCGGUGUGGGUGCUGACUACUGUUAGUGUCAAACAUAGGUGCAGGAUGGUUUUGAUACCUGUAUUUAUAAUAAAAAGAUGUUUGGGGUUUUGAAUUUCUGUUAAAAGCUGUUCUCGUUUGUUACAUGUAACAGACAUGAUAAGUUGUUUACAGUCUUUGUUUAAUAAAACAUGCUUAGAAGUUUUAAGUGAAGACAACAAAAAGGAAAUAGGUGUUGGAUAUGUGAUUUUGAGAUGAAAGUUAGUCUUAAAAUGUAAAUAAAAUAUGGAAUGUGACUUCAAAAAAAAAAGAAUGCAGUGAUAUUAAAAAUAUAUGUGCAAAAUUACAGGUGUUUCAGAGAUCCCUAAAACAAUACAGGGCAAUACUCUUAGUUUUCUACCAGAAUUUGAUGGUAAGACCUUAUUGUUAAAGACAUUAUUUUGGUUACAAAGCAUGGAAAAAUCAAACUGUUACUGAUUGGCAGACUUCUCCCCUGCUGGGUUCUACUAGAAGGUGCUAUAUAGGUGGCUAUGGAAGAAAAAAACUAAUAGUCUUACCUAGCUGUGAGCCUUGCAAACUAUAAUAAUGACUGGUUUGGCAAGAUAUACCCAUGGCUGCAGUAGUGGCAUAAAUGUUAUUGGGUAACAAAUUGCUUUCUGAUUGGAUUUAGGGCCUGCUCCAUGGGAGGAAAUUCAUGCCUAGUGUAUAAAUUGUGGUGGGAGGUCAUUGCUGGGGAAAUCAUCAGCUGUUGGGCUACUAUUAUUACUUUGCUGAAUGGACGUGGUGUAAAUAUUGCUUUUUUAUCUCUAUACCUAUAGAUUAGUGCUGCUCUCAGUCCUUAGCUGGAAAGCUUCCUUUUUAUUGAAUAUGGGGCUUAAUACAGAGAUUCGCAACUGGUCAAGGUGCAGAGAAUAACUAUCUGUGGAGUGCUCAGCCAUAACCGGGGCAUCGAUAGUCACAUUCUGUCUCCCAAGUCUCAGGAUACGGCCCAGAAGACGGGGUGAAGAGACUGUAAGAGCCAGGCAUGGGGAGGACUGCUGUGAAACUCUUUCCUAGACAUUGCUCUCAUGACUGGGGAGCAGUGACUACCUGCACAAGAUCAAGGCACUCAACAAUUCAGCAUGGUUGGGGACAGCCUCACACGUGGAAGGGUUGGUGAAGAGGGAGUGUUUUCUAUUAGCAUAGGAUCUUUAGGACAAUGAAACAAUUAUGUAUGAUUUUGGAAUGGUGGAUCCACUUCCUGCUUGUCAAAACUUAUAGAAUAUACACCAAGGAUGAGCCCCAUGUCAGUUACAGACUUGGAUGCUGUUUAUGGUCUUACUGUAGGGUCACUGACCAUAACAGUAACACAUGUGCCUUCUUGUGCUUUAAACACUUAUGUCUGCUUUUUCUUUUCUUUCUUUCGUUUUUUCUGAGAAAGAGUUUCUCUGUGUAGUCCUCUGUUGAUCAGCCUUGAACUCAGAGAUCUGCCUGCCUCAGCCUAUGGGUGCUGGGAUUAAAGGCGAGCACUGCCACUGCCCAGCAGGUCUAGUCCUUCUAUCCCAUAUUCUACUUUCAGUUAAUGUUUACUGUCUGUAUUUAAACUUGGCUUUCAGGAGCUGGAGCAAUGGCCCAGCAGUUAAGCUAACCGGCUGCUUUUGCAGAGGACCUGGGUUCAGCUCCCAGCACCCACCACCCACCAGGCAGCUCAUGACCAUGUGUAUAACUCUGGUUCUAGAAGAUUCAACCUUCUCUUCUAGCCUCUACCGGUACUGCAUACACAUGCUAUGCUACAAACAUGCAGGAAAUCCACUCUUAAAAUAAACUAAUCUUUAAAAAAUUAUAAACCUAGCUUUCUUAAAUGUUUAUUUUUGAAAGUAUAGAUUUAAUUGUACUUUUUUUUUUUUUGGUUCUUUUUUUUUCGGAGCUGGGGACCGAACCCAGGGCCUUGCGCUUCCUAGGCAAGCGCUCUACCACUGAGCUAAAUCCCCAACCCCUUUAAUUGUACUUUUAUAUAGUGUGUUUUGUUUCUGGAAAUUAAUGUCUCUGGAAAUGAAUGGUUAGAUCCAAUGGUUAGAGGACUUGGGGGUCUACCUCUAAAAUAGGAAUAUAAUCUAAAAAAGGAUUUUUUAAAGAAUUUAUGUCUCUUCGUGUGUGUAUCCGUUGUGUGCAGGAGAGUGCAGAUCCUCAAGGAAUCCAGAUGUUUCAGAUUCUCUGGAGCUGGAACUAAAGGUGGUGAUGCAUUCAAGCCAUGCCUUAAAUCUUAUUAAUUUAAAGAAGAGUAAGGAAAACUCAAGACUGGUAAGAUCAUUUCACUAUCGGUCUCUGCGGGUUUCUGUACAAAUCCAUCAGGAACAAGUGCGAUUUUGAGAUCCUUUAGAGUCUGCUUUUUAAAGCGAUUCCUAUUCUUUUUUUUUUUUAAACAUUUAUUUAUUAUGUAUACAUCAGCUUUCUGCCUGCAUGUAUGCCUGCAGGCCAGAAGAGGGCACCAGACCUGAUUAUAGAUGGUUGUGAGCCACCAUGUGGUUGCUGGGAAUUGAACUUAGGACCUCUGGAAGAGCAGACAGUGCUCUUAACCUCUGAGCCAUCUCUCCAGCCCGCGAUUCCUAUUCUUAAACAUCUUUAUUUUUAGGUGUAUGCAUGUUUCACCUAUAUGUGCACCGCGUGCAUGGAGCCAAAGUCGGGAGUUUGAUCCCAUGGGCGUUAAACAACCUCUCACCUAAAACCCUCGUUGAAGGAAUGUUCCACCACUUCCUGAAUUUGACUGAAUCUCCUGACUUGAGCACUUCCCUUCAUAGGUUUCUCUUUGCUAUUUUUAUUUCACUUACUUCUCCAUUAAAGACUGGCUCCAUCAAAGUAAAUAUUGGGCAUCAUUUUGGGUCUUGCCAUCACCCCGGGUGACUUUCUAGAACUUCUUUUUCCUCAUUCUGGUUUUGCUGACCCUCGAAUCUGUUGUACUUGUGCCAUCUUUCAGCACUGACCGCUGCUUCAGGUCCUCCACUCCUCAUCUCAAUUUCUUCCUUCUGGAAGACUUUGUGCUCGACGAGCUUGACUCCCUAAGCGACAACUCUGGGCAUCGCCAUCAUUCCUAAGAAGCUCUGGUUAAACAGAUGAGCCUUCCAUUCAAAUCUGCAGCGGGACAUCUCUACUCGCUAUGUGUACCGAUCACGUGUUUACGGAGGCACACACCCCCUAGGCUGACCCCGGAAGGCGCUUUCAUUUUUCCAUCCUCCUGCGUCUGCAGGCUCCGUCCGUGGCUGGAACAAGGUUUGGACACAGGCUCCGCCUGCGCAGGGCGUGUCCCUCGGGGCGUGGCGCGCCGGAGCGACGCGAGCAGGCGAGGGCCGACGUACCGUACGUGCCUCUGCCGCGGUCCGGGGGCUGCGGGCCGCACCGCCGCCCUCUCGGAGGCGGGCCCGGGCAGACGGCGGCGGCCAUGUUUGUGGCGCGCAGCAUCGCGGCGGACCACAAGGACCUCAUCCACGAUGUGUCUUUCGACUUCCACGGGCGCCGGAUGGCCACCUGUUCCAGCGACCAGAGCGUCAAGGUGUGGGAUAAGAGCGAGAGCGGAGAUUGGCACUGCACAGCUAGUUGGAAGACACAUAGUGGAUCUGUAUGGCGUGUGACAUGGGCUCAUCCUGAGUUUGGACAAGUUUUGGCUUCCUGUUCUUUUGACCGAACAGCAGCCGUAUGGGAAGAAAUAGUAGGAGAGUCAAACGAUAAACUUCGAGGACAGAGUCACUGGGUGAAAAGGACAACUCUAGUGGACAGCAGAACAUCUGUUACAGAUGUGAAAUUUGCUCCCAAGCACAUGGGUCUGAUGUUAGCAACCUGCUCUGCAGAUGGCAUCGUGAGAGUCUACGAGGCCCCAGAUGUGAUGAACCUCAGCCAGUGGUCCCUGCAGCACGAGAUCUCGUGUAAGCUGUGCUGCAGCUGCAUUUCUUGGAACCCUUCCAGCUCUCGUGCUCACCCCCCCAUGAUCGCUGUGGGAAGUGAUGACAGCAGUCCAAAUUCAAUGGCCAAGGUUCAGAUCUUUGAGUACAAUGAAAACACCAGGAAAUAUGCAAAAGCUGAGACUCUUAUGACAGUCACGGAUCCUGUCCAUGACAUUGCGUUUGCUCCAAAUUUGGGACGAUCUUUCCACAUCCUGGCAAUAGCAACCAAAGAUGUAAGAAUUUUCACAUUAAAACCUGUGAGGAAAGAACUUACUUCUUCUGGUGGUCCAACAAAAUUUGAAAUCCAUAUUGUGGCUCAGUUUGAUAAUCAUAAUUCUCAGGUCUGGAGGGUGAGUUGGAACAUAACAGGAACAGUAUUGGCGUCUUCAGGAGAUGACGGCUGUGUUAGGUUGUGGAAAGCUAAUUACAUGGACAAUUGGAAGUGCACUGGUAUUUUGAAAGGUAACGGGAGCCCAGUAAAUGGGAGUUCUCAGCUGGGAAACUCAACUCCUUCACUGAGCUCAAAUAUUCCAAAUCUUCAAAAUUCAUUAAAUGGAACAUCUGCUGGCAGCAGAAAGCACAGCUGAGUGCACGCUAGCUGGAGUGACUGUGCUGCUGUGCUGCUUGUUGCAUGCACACAGGAAUGGAAACCAACUUCUUUCCCUCCCCAGCGCCGUGUGAUCUCCACGAUGCACCAGCAGCCUGUUCACUACUACACACAGGCCCAAAGGCCUUUAAAUGACAGUGUAUAUAACUUCUGUACUAGUCAGACUCCUGACACUAUAAAUGGAAAGGCUUUUUGUUGACAUAUCAUCACCAAAACAAUUUUUUGGAAUGUUCUGGAGACUAACUUGGGUUUAAAAACUGAAAAGAUUGCUAUUAUCCUCAUAAGCAGUUGGGAGGAGGGCAAAUAUAAUUUUAUUCCAUUUGGAAAAUAUAGGAAUAUGUCUUUUAUUUUCUAAAACAAUAAGCUAAAAUGAUGAGUUUUUAUAAUUUUAAUUUGAAAAAUCAAAUAAAUAUUUUCAUAAAGAUUGUUUUGAGUGGUAAUGUGUUUACCUUUUGUAGAAUUGCUCUGUAGGUGACAUUAUCCACACAACUACUUUACAGGUGACAUUAUCCACACAACUACAUCUCUUGUAAUUAAAAUACUAGUACAGGAACAGAUCAGUAACGUGGCACCAGUUGAGCUCAAAUAGUUUGUAGCCAAGCAGCACAUUAGCAAUUGCUGGUUUUAUUGGUAGUAAAAUGGUGACAGCACUUCUAAGUUUUCAUCUCAUAUUCAGGAGAUGGCUGUUUCUAAUCUAUGCAUGAAUGUUUAUGGUGUGAUCCUAUACAACUUGGUUUCCUUUAAGACAAUUUGGAAACAUGAGUUGACAUUUUUCAGAAAAUGUGCGUGCAGUUAAAAUUCCGUGUCUCAGGAUUUUUAAUGUGUUAUUUCAAAGAGUCCCUGUAUUCUGAAACUUUUGACUUUGAUGAUAGUUAUACACCUUUUCACUUACUAAACUGCAUACAUAUUACGGGUAAGUUAUGAGAUGGUAGAAUAACAGGCUAUAAUUCUUUGAGCCUUUUUAUGCACCAAAAUUCUGUAGGUAUUCUAAGUUUUUUGCAGGAAACGAAGCCUGUGCAAUGAUUGUAUUUCUCAAGCAUGUGGAGUGCAGUAGCCAGGUCUCCCGGUAGUGAGUUGGAGCUGGUUCUCGGUAUCAUGUAUGCACUAACGUGUGCCUGCUGCUGUAACACAUGCAGCUCUGCUGGAAAGGAAGAGCAGAUGUGUGAAUUAAGGAAUCAAAUGAGAUUAGACACGCUUUCAGUUUAUAAAAUGAAUGUCUCUGUAACAUACGUCCUGAUGAUUUUGGGGGCAUUUUAACUUUAACAGAUUGUAUUUUUUUUUAAAAUUUUUAUACUUCUUAAGCAGCCUUGAUUCAAGUGAGAGUCUUGAUUUGUACUGUUCUAUCGGUUGUGGCAUGAAUAUACAGCUUUUUUUCCUUCCUUCCAGCAUGUUUUCUCUUCUUUGGUUCUCUUUGUAUUUACUGCUUUUCUCUUUUUCUUCUGUUUCCCUCCCUCCUUUCCCCCUGUUGUUUUUGUUUUGGUGUUUUGUUCCUGUCUUCAUUAUUUCAGGUAUUUCUUUCCCCCUCUGGAUUCCCCACGGGCUGGAUCAAGAUGGUCCAGCUGUGCCCAGCUCCUUCCUCCUCCUGCUCCUCUGCUAGAGCACUCUUGUGAUGCAGACACUGCCAACCUCCACUAUCCUCACCCUCGCAGAGGAUGCCUCUCUCGGCCUCUUAAUCCCUUACCUGAGAAUGAAGGGGUGUAAAAUCCUGAUUUAAAGGCCUUACCCAGAUGCUUGUAAAUGCUUUUAUUCCGGGCUGCUUUUGGUUUCUUCAUUUUCUUUUAGAAGAUCCUUCCUAGUUAGGCCAUGUCUUGCAUGUAUCACAACUCGAGUGUUUGAAACCAAACCUGUUUGUACUUCUGCACCAGGAAACCUUGGCUUCACUAGUUGGUUACCUUGGACGAGAUGAGCUUCAGAAAAAGCAAUAUUAACUGUGAACGAUUCCCAGUAUCUGGUUCAAAGUGCCUGUCUUGUACAUUCAUUCUGUGUGGACUUGUUAUCAUAGAGUUCAGUUUUGUCUGUUGAUGGUAGCUUCAGAGGAAAGCAUAUCAUUGUGAACUUCACUCUGUAAUUCAGACAUUAAGAAAUGUUUGGAAUUUUAUAGGCUGAUGUUACAAAUGACUGUAAAAUAAAUCAUUCCUGUGUAUAAAGCAGCAAAUCAUAAGGAUAUUUUUGUCUUUUUUUUUUUUUUUUAAAGGAAAAUGCCUUUUACUACUUGGAAUUACUACUUAAAAAUUUUGUAACUGUUCUCCAAGUAGGUUAUUUAAUAAAAGUAUUUUAAAAGAUGUGAA